AUGCACUCUGCAGAGGAGUCCCAUGCCCGAUGGCUUCGCUUGAGGGCACCGUGCUCCAGCAGAUCUACCACCAAGCGAUCCACCGUGGUGCAGAAGCGGUCGGAGCUCUGGCUGACCAGAGGUGAAGUUGGAUGGCAGAAGCAAGUCUGGACCUACAAGGAGGUGUGGGAGACAGCCAUUUCCUGCGCAGGGAAUUUGAAAGCUGCCAGCGAGGGUGAAGGUCGUGUGGCCGUGUGCGUGGAUGAGGGGCCCUUAUUGCCCUUGGUGGAGCUGGGGGUGCUUCUGGCUGGCAUGUGCAUUGUCCCUAUCGAUCCAUGUGAGCCGGCUGGACGCUUCUGCAGCGUUGUGAUGGACAGUGAGCCCACAGUGAUCGUGGCAAAGGACUCAGCGACCCGAUCGCUCAUCCAACAACACCUGGCAGAGGUGGUGGACCUGAAGCUUCCCAAGGCCUGCCAUGUGGUGGUCGCACAGGAGCUCCUGCAGCUGGAGCCGAAAUGGACGUGGUCAGAGGUGCCUGGCGCUGCCAUCUCACACAUCUUCUUCACCUCGGGGUCGACCGGACGUCCGAAGGGCUGUGUGGUGUCUCAUGGAGCGCUGCGGAGCUAUUGCUUAGCAAAGACUGCCACGUACGGGGUCCACGAGACCUCAGUGAUUUUGGUGGCCUCGGCGCACACGUUUGAUCCCUCGUUAGGAGACUUUAUGUCUACCUGGGCGGCUGGGGGAGUCGUGGCGCUGGGUGCACGUCGUGACCUCUUCCAGCACUUGGGCCUCUUGCUGCAACAAUCCGAGGCGACACAUCUCCUUUGCACACCUUCCCUCUUUGCCACACUGGGCAAAGGCUUCUCGGCUAUGCACCUGGAAAUGCUGGCAGAAGCGCUUCCCUCCUUGCGCUCUGUGGCCUUGGGUGGCGAGCCAAUGCCCAGGAUGAUUCUGGAGGCCUGGGCAGGACAUGAAGCCUUGACACUGGUCAACACGUAUGGUGUGACCGAGUGCUGCGUCUACAACGCUUUUCGUUUGAUGCACUCCGAGGACCUGCCCAGCUUGGUUGGCUUGCCCUUGCCUGGAAACCAACUGCUCCUUCUUCCGCAGGACCAGGAUGCUGGCAGCCUACAGCAUGACCUCUCGCAUUGCGUGGAGGGCCUGGAGGGUGAGCUGAUCAUUGGCGGUGCCCAGGUUGGGGAAGGCUAUUUGAAUCGCAAGGAGCUGACUGCGAGGCGUGUUGGGCGGGCCCCCGAAUUGCUUUGGCUGCUAGUGAUGUAUAGCAUGGCUUUGCCCUUGGGCCGCUUCAAGGUUCCUGCCAAUGGGAAGAUAUCCUUCAGCCAUUUAGACGCAGCAUUGUAG